AUGGCUGAUCGCGGCGGUGCUCGUGGCGGUGGAUUCGCUUCCCGCGGUGGUGACCGUGGUCGUGGUGGUGAUCGUGGCCGUGGUCGUGGCCGUGGCCGUGGACGCCGUGGCGGCAAGAGCGAGGAGAAGGAGUGGCAGCCCGUCACCAAGCUGGGCCGUCUUGUCAAGGCUGGCAAGAUCACCAGCAUGGAGGAGAUCUACCUGCACUCUCUGCCCAUCAAGGAGUACCAGAUUGUCGACCAGUUCCUCCCCAAGCUGAAGGAUGAGGUCAUGAAGAUCAAGCCCGUCCAGAAGCAGACCCGUGCCGGUCAGCGAACCCGAUUCAAGGCCAUCGUCAUCAUUGGUGACUCCGAGGGCCACGUCGGUCUCGGAAUCAAGACCUCCAAGGAAGUCGCCACUGCCAUCCGUGCCGCCAUCAUCAUCGCCAAGCUGAGCGUCAUCCCCGUCCGAAGAGGUUACUGGGGUACCAACCUUGGUCAGCCUCACUCCCUGCCCUGCAAGGAGUCUGGCAAGUGCGGUUCCGUCACUGUCCGACUUAUCCCUGCCCCCCGUGGUACCGGCAUUGUCGCCUCCCCCGCUGUCAAGCGAUUCCUCCAGCUCGCCGGUGUCGAGGAUGCCUACAGUUCAUCCGCCGGUUCCACCAAGACCCUCGAGAACACCCUCAAGGCCACCUUCACCGCCGUUUCCAACACCUACGGCUUCCUGACCCCCAACCUGUGGAAGGAGACCAAGCUGAUUAGAUCUCCUCUGGAGGAGUUCUCCGACACCCUGAGGGAAGGCAAGCGAUACUAA